GUGAUCGCCUUUUUGUACUCUGCCUGCAGUUGAUGCAGGUCAUUUUCUGCGUAGUGCCUAGUUGAAUACAAGUUUUGAAAUGUAAAAUGUUAUAAUUUGUUUUAUAAUUGUGCUGUUUGAGUCUUUACUAUAUACAUUCGUUUCGUUCUUUGAUCUAUCUGCAUUCUGUCCAUCGUUUUGUAGCUGUUAUUGAUAUACAAUCGAAAAAAAAGAAAAACUUAAAAAUGGCUUGGACAAAAUAUCAAGCCAUUUUAGCUUUUACGCUGGUGAUAACGGGCUCUAUCAAUACUUUGAGUACCAAAUGGGCAGAUACCCUGCAAUCAGAAAGCUCCGACGGACAAAUACGUCCGUUCGAACAUCCUUUUGUGCAGGCCUGUGCGAUGUUUUUGGGAGAAUUCCUUUGUCUACUGACAUUCAAGGCCAUUUAUUAUCAUCUACGGAGGAAAAAUAAUGGUGCUGAAGAUCGCCAUGAUUUGGUGAAGGGAAAUCGUGAGUUCAGUCCAUUCAUCUUGUUCGUGCCGGCUAUGUGCGAUAUGAUAGCGACAUCAAUCAUGUAUGUGGGCCUCAACCUCACUUAUGCUUCCAGCUUUCAAAUGUUGCGGGGCUCCGUCAUUGUUUUUGUUGGUAUACUGAGCGUGGCGUUCCUGAAUCGUAACCUCGUCAACCGAGAAUGGAUUGGCAUCUUUUUCAUCAUCAUAGGCCUCGGUGUUGUUGGCCUGUCGGACUUUGUAUCCGAUGAUGGCGCUGGAACUAACUAUACACGAAAUAAUAUCAUAACCGGUGAUUUGCUUAUAAUUCUAGCCCAAAUAAUAACCGCUUUCCAGAUGGUUUAUGAAGAACGCUACGUAGCGGGAUUGGACAUACCAGCUCUUCAAGCAGUUGGAUGGGAAGGUUUCUUCGGCUUCAGCAUCCUAGGCCUCCUUUUGGCACCCAUGUACUAUAUAUCUGUUGGACCACCCUUCAAUAAUAAUCCUCGUGGAGUACUAGAAGAUUUGCCAGAUGCUCUUACACAGAUUGCCAACAAUUAUCAACUUAUUAUGGCUAUCGUGGGUACGAUCGUAUCUAUUGCUUUCUUCAACUUUGCUGGCAUAAGUGUCACAAAAGAAAUUUCUGCGACUACGCGUAUGGUGUUGGACUCCGUUCGAACUCUCGUAAUUUGGGUUAUUUCUCUAACGUUGUCUUGGCAAAAAUUUCAUUACCUACAGAUCUUUGGCUUUGCUGGCUUGUUGUUUGGCAUGUGUUUGUACAAUAAUAUAUUGAUACUGCAAACGUACGAUCGCCUGCAUAAUAUGAUUGUACGAAGGGGUGAUAAUGGCGAUGAACAAAACGAAGUUAUCAUCAACAGACGCGCUGAUGAACCAGAUUGUUAGACUGAUAUUAUAACUAAAGAAAUAUCUUUAGUAAAAUACAUAGAUUGUAUUUUUCUGUUCAAUUCAGUUCGACGACCUUAGCAAGCUUUUUGCCAGGUCGCAUUAUCUCAUAAAGUACUGAAUAAAGCAUAAAUAAUUCAUAUUACAAA